AUGAAGAUCUGUUGCUUUCACGAAUGCACCAACGCGUCCAUGGACGAUGGCUCCUUCAAGUGCUUCUUCCACCGCAACCGGUCCAUGUGCUCGAUUGCCGAGUGCUGGAACCAAGUCUAUGCCCGCGGACUCUGCGUCGGCCACGGCGGCCGCAAGUCCUGCGAGUUCCCUAACUGCGUCGGGAAGGCCCGCAGCGGGCAGUUUUGCACGCGCCACAACGCGCGGCUCGAGGCCAAGCGCAUGUGCGAAGUGCCCGACUGCCCUCGCGUCGCCCAUCGAAAGGGCAAGUGCACACGCCACGGCGGCGGCCGCCUCUGCCAAGUCGACGACUGCAAGAUCCUCGCACGCAAGGGCGGGUACUGCUGGACCCACACCAAGCAGCUGCUACAAGAGGCGCUUGCUACGAUGCUCUAG